AUGGCCGGGAGCGGCUUGGAGUUGGUGGUGGGAGCUCCUUGUGACCUCGCCGAGUGGCCGGAGGACUCCCUGGAGCUGCAGUUCGUCGAAGGCUUCAUUGAGCAGAUGAAACUCUGGGUUUUGGAGAAAGCCGUCAGCCCCGACAUUGUGCGAGGGAUCCCCAUUUUUCGAGUGUUGCAGUGCAUGCCGUGCAAGUGGUUGGCCGGAGAGCGGAAGAUGUUCUAUGGCCUCAGCGAGGUGGCGGAUGAGCAUCUGGAUGAGUUCUGGUCUCAUAGCUGGUGCACCAUGUCCUGGCUCAAGUAUGUCAACAUUCUCUCCCUGAACAAUGGCUUUCCGGCGUUUGUGGCUGGCUCUCUUUGUGGCCUGGGAGCUUUCUCCUUAGGUUUGGCAGGCUUCUUGCCGAUACAUCACGCUGCUGGGCCAGCAAAUGCAAGCUGCACCAUAGCCAGCACCCUCGGCUACUACGUGACCCUUUUUCUAUGGCAGAGCAGGAGGCUGGCUUUCCUUGAUCUCGCCUGCAUCAGCCAGACGGACGAAGUGCUGAAAACUGCCGGCCUGGUUAGCAUGGGUGCAUUUCUGAGACGCUCACAGUCGCUUCUCAUCCUGUGGGAUGAGACAUGGAUCACGAGAUUUUGGUGUGUGUUCGAGAUGGCAGGUUUCAUACACAGCAAAGGGCAUGGCGCAGACAGGUCGCUGCGGGUUUGCCCGGUGUUCACUGGCCCCGCCUUUGUUGUGGGCCACAUGGGUCUCAGUGUGCUCCUGCUUACAUUGUUGUGCACGGGCCUGCCGAUGUAUCCGUGGGGUGGAAUCUUCAUAUGCGCUAUGGCGUUCCCGUGCCUGCUGCUUCUUGCCCGUGUCGUGAUUCAGCACGGCCGAAGCAUUGAUGUGGUUCAAUAUCAAGUCCGUCAUUUCACUGUCCAACAAUGCUCGUGUUCUUGCUGCGACCGUGGCCACGUGCAUGUCGACGGAAGCGCAAUCAUGUGCGACCGCGUCAUCAUCCUUCGGUGUAUUUCUGCUUGGUUCGGGUCUGUAGCAAAGUUCGAGUCUCACGUUCGGAGCCAGCUUUUGAAAGCUUUGGUCUACCAGCUAGCAAAUCAGGCGUUCUCAUACUGGCGCAUCGUGCAGGCGGCAAGCCCAGUUGCAUUUGCCAUAUUGGACAUGCUCGGACAUCUGAGCCGUCCCACAGUAGUGCUGGAGGUGACGCUUACAUCUGCAACUUAUCUCUUCUGCCUGGUUCCCAGUAUUGCUCUGAUUCUGCUUCGCCUGGCUUACAGAGUCCGCAACUUUGGACAUGGCAAGUGGGCGCAGUGGCUGCUUUCUGCUGCGCUCGUGGCCGUAGGGUUGCUUCUUUUCGGGGCCUACUUGUCGUGCGAGCUAGCUCUUCACCAACUUUCGUCCGAGAACUUCGGGAACUGGGUGCCUGCGAACUUUGCGCAGCUGAUUGUGAUGGGUGCCGUUACCCUGGGUCUGUGGCGUCGCCUACCUGCUAUUGAGAUGUCCCAAGCGAGCAGUCACCUGGACUGCCGCAUCGAGCGGUACCUUCAUAUGUCCACGCCUGCAUUGCCGAAAGACUCGUUGAUCGGGCAGCACGAGGUCGCGGACCGCUUCUACACGAAGCGCGGCUGGAAUGUUGGCAUGCUCGGAUAUGACUUCCAGAAGCCGGAGGUGACCACCGUGGUCCGAUGGCUCCUGCGCGUAGUGUUGGUGCUGUUUUUGGCUUGGUUGGUGCGGCAGAGAUCAGAGCAGGAGGAGGAAGAGGAGGAAGAGGAGAAUGAAGCAGAAGCAUCAGACGCGCGAGCGCGAUCCAAUGGCCUUAGGUCUCGAGGCAACGCCCGGUCUGUCUCCCGAUUGCAGCCUAGACGGGACCCGUAUGCUACGGCGACCCGACAGCGAAAGGGAGUUGCUGCCAGCGCUGAUGCAGCUGACUUCGACUCCAUCGUAGAAAAGGUCUCAAAGCCGAAGGAAAUGUGGCAGCCACGCAAAAGUGGCGAGCCCCUCCAGCUGAAACGGUGUUCGGAAGAGGCAGAUCCUGGCGUGACGGAUCGGCCUGUUGUUGCCGCCGCCAAAGCAGGGCGCGAUGCUCAACCUGGUCCUACACUCCAUGGACACGAGCGGCCAGUCACCUUCAUCACCUUUAACCGCGAGAGCAACCUUCUGUUCUCCUGCGGCAAGGACAAGCUGGUCUGUGUAUGGAGCUUUCCAGAUGGAGAGCUUCUGGGCAGCUACAAAGGCCACAACGGAGCCGUGUGGUCCUGCAGCACCACCUUCGACUCGAGGUGGCUGGUGACUUGCGGUGCGGACCGGCUCGUCAUUGUGUGGGAGGCUCACACCUCGAGGGAACUUGCCCAAGUUGAGCUUCCCGGUGUCGUGCGAUGUGUAGAAUGGGCUGGAGCAGCUCCUGGUGUCAAUGCCUCGGACGUCAGCGAGCGCUUCGUGACAGCACACAACCGCUUUGGAGCACACCCCCCUGCGUUGACAGUUUGGCGCUUCGAUGGCAAAUCCAUCCAGGAGUUGCGGGUCAUCUCCAAGCUGCCCUCCGCAGCGCUCCAGGUGAGAUGGGGCAGAGCCAACUACUUCAUCGCAAGUGCACACGACAGCGGUGAACUAAUCUUUUGGCGAGCAGACACUGGUGCUGAAGUGAAGCGGCUGAAGGCACAUGAUGCGGGCAUCUCCAAGUUUGACUUCAAUGAUGACCGCGAGCUUGUGGCUACCGUCUCGCACGACAUGAGCGUCUGCAUAUGGGACAUCGGCAAAGGAAGCGACUGGAAGAUGUUGUACAAGGCGCAGACGGACCGGCCACUGAACGCCGUGGCGCUGGGCCCGCUGCCGCAGAAGGCCGCGCUGGGCGCUCCAGCCGAGCGGCCAGGGCGCGUUUGCGUGGUGGCUGCCGGCGGCCAGGAUGUGCGGGACGUUGCUCGGAGCAGCAGCGCCACCGAGCAGUUCGGGACGCUGCUCUUCCGUCUGGGCAUGGCCGAGAAAGUGCCCUGUGACCUGAAGGCGGACGGAGUCACCAACAAAGGUCACUUUGGUCCGGUCCACACCCUGGCCUUUGCGGGCGACGGGUCUGCAAUUGCCUCGGGCUCCGAGGACCUGCCGGGGCUGUCCUCCCCGGAUCCCCUGUAG